UGUUUAUCGCCAGUGAAAAAAUAUCCCUCUGCCGUCGUAGGGGAAGGCUUUUUCAUUUGAAUCCCGGUGAAAACGCAGAGGACUCCAAAGAAGGCUUCGGAGAAACAAUGGAGGAGAAACUACUGGUAACAAUGGAGAAGGGCGCCCAUUGCUCUUCUUGGAACUACUCUGGGCAAAGAAUGGCCGUCGGAUCAACUGAUGGUACCCUCUCCAUUUAUGACUCUGAUGAUCCCACUUCUACCUCCUUCUCAUGCACUUCUCAGUGGAAGGCACACGUAGGUGUAAUUUGUAAGAUUGUCUGGGUUCCUCCUGAGUAUGGUGAUGGCAUUGCUUGCAUUAGUGGAGAUGGAACACUUUCAGUGUGGGAGGAAGUUGAAGAAGGCACACAACCUCUCACAUGGAAAUUGUGCAAACUUUUUGAGUUCCAAGAAAUUCAAGCCCUGGAUCUUCAAUUUGGAAACUAUCUAAUGGGUUUGAAGUUGGUUGUUGCAUUUGCAGAUGGUCAUGUGAAAAUAUAUGAAUUACAAGACCCACUUGAACUAAAACGAUGGCAGCUUCAGGCGGAAUUUCAAAAUGUGAUGGAUUUUCUUGCCAGGUCUGGGAAACCUUCGUGUGUUUCUGCAUCCAUUGCAUGGAAUCCUCAAAAACCUCAAUCUCAACGGGCAGCUUUUGUUCUUGGUUUCAAUUCAGAUUUGCCACAAUUCAAUUCAUCUAAGAUCUGGGAAUUUGAUGAGACUCAUCAGAGGUGGCAACCGGUAGCUGAGCUGGCUCUGCCUGGAGAUGAAGGUGAUCAGGUGCACGCCUUAGCUUGGGCACCUAAUAUUGGCAGACCAUAUGAAGUUGUUGCUGUUGCAACUUGCAAAGGCAUCGCUAUAUGGCAUGUGGGCCUGAAUGCCGAUGUAGAUGGAAGGCUUUCUCUUAAGAAGGUUGCACUGCUUUCAGGACACGAUGGCGAGGUAUGGCAAUUGGACUGGGAUAUGAGUGGUAUGACUCUAGCAACUGUAGGAAGUGAUCGAAUGGUUAGGUUAUGGCAAUCCAACUUGAAUGGAGUCUGGGAUGAACAAGCAAGUAUUGAGAGUAACUGACACGUCUUACAUUCUUUUAUUUUCUGUGUUUCUUUAGUUUUGACAACAGAAAGAAAAUAGUUGAUGGUCUAGACUCUAGAGGAACCUCGUGGCUGUCUAACCUACAGAUCUAAGGUUUUCAAUUUUGACAACUCUUUUCGUUUCUGGUCAUGCUAUUCAAAUUUGUAUCGUUAAAUGAGCUCCCUAUGUCUUACUCAUACACUAGCCAACAGGCCACAUUUUUUGUUCACGUGCCUGUCCUGAGAUCCAGAUGGAUAUAUCCCAAUUCUGUCUUCUUAUGGUUCACACCUGCUUAACGGUAUGAAAACGGAUGUGUAAUUUCUUGCUGCCGGUUUCAUGUUUAUCUUGUCUACAAGUUUGUAAUAUUUCUGGUUUUUGGUAGCAAGAUCUUAGUCGUAGUUUCAUGUGUUUACUGAUAUUCCGGCUUUAUUAUGACUCUUUCCUUGUGAUUAAAAAUGGUUAUGGCUGGUA